AUGACAGAAAAUAAUAAUUUACAAGAAUUAAAUAAUAUUCGUGAAUAUUAUCAAACAUUAUAUAAUCUUCAAUAUGAACAAUUAAUAAUAUUACAUAAAGAAAAUUAUCAAUUACGAUUAAAAAUAAAUCAAAAUAAACAACGUAAAUUAAUUAAAAUAAAAGAAUAUGAAGAUAAAUUAGAAAAACUUCAAAUACUUGCUAAUGAUGCAAGUAUUCGAUUAAAUGAAGGUAGUGAAUUAAUAAGAAAAUUACAAAAACAUUUAAAAAUUUCUCAAGAAAAAUUAUCAGAUAAAACAAAAGAAUUAUUAACAAAAAAUGAAACACUUCAUAAAUAUCAAUCACAUAUUAUUCAUCUUAAUGAUAGAAUAAAACAAUUAAUUGAUGAAUAUACAACAAAAAAUUUACAAGUUUCAUUCAAUCUUAAUGAUAAUCAAAAAAUUGAUGUUGCUAUACAAACAUCACCAACAUUAUCAAUUCAACGUCGUUGUGUUCGAUUUAAUCUUGAUAAAGAAAAUUAUUCAAUUGAUUCAAAAUAUUUUCAAUCAAAAUAA